AUGUCGGAGACGACGACAUCUCCUCUAUAUGCUGUGGCCGACUUUUGCCGUAAGUCAAGCCGAGACCUGACUGCUCAUCGAAUCGAGCUCAAUGCUGACUCCUUGUUUCUUACUUGGAAGGCCUGCAGUCAUUCCGAUGGCCACACCCACGACAUCGGUCGGAGAAUACAUUACGGAAUCGGCUACGGCACCAAUCUCGAGGGAAGCUUUCCAACCGUAUGCAAAGCGAUCGAGCUCUGCCACGAGGCAGUCCACCGUCUCGGAGCGCAGCGAAUCGCAACUGACAUCCGGAUCGGAACACGGACGGAUAAGCCAGCGCCGGCAUUGGACGGUCAGACGGAGAACCAGCGCAAGAAACAGAGCGUCGUCCAGCGCCUAGCCCAAGAUUGA